CCAGUAGUCUCCAUACACAAUCUCUUCGCACCUUCAUACAGAGUUGGGUUCCCAUAUGAGUUGGAAGAUGUCGUUCGACCAGAAGGAAAUGUUUAGUCUGCUGUACAAGCUGGCGCGCAUGAGCCAGCCGGAUACGAGGAUCGAGUACGAUGAGAUGGGCGCAAUACGCGUGCCUCUGGAUCGCAUGUACGGGCCGCAGACCAUGCGUUCGGUAAUGAAUUUUCCCAUAGGUGGCGUGGAGGAGCGCAUGCCGCGCCCCAUCAUCGUAGCCUUGGGCAUCAUAAAGAAGGCCGCCGCCCAAACGAACAGGCAGAGCGGACUGGAGCCGCUCAUCUGCGACGCCAUUAUGAAGGCUUCCGACGAUGUCAUCUCGGGCAAGCUCUACGAUGAGAAUCAUUUCCCGCUGGUCAUUUGGCAGGCGGGCUCGGGCACGUCCACCAACAUGAAUGUCAACGAGGUGAUUUCGAACCGCGCCAUCGAAAUUAUGGGCGGCCAGGUGGGCAGCAAGGAGCCAGUGGAUGCCGUGGGGCAUGUGGACAUGUCUCAGAGCUGCUGCGACAACUUCUCGUCGGCCAUCAACAUUGCCGUGGUCAUGCAGCUGAACGAGAAGCUCUUUCCUUCAAUCAAAGCGUUCAUUGAGGUUCUGGACAAUAAGGAGCAGGAGUUCAAGAAUAUCAUCAAGAUCGCGCGCACCCAUCUCAUGGACUCGGAGCCCAUGACCCUGGGCAACGUCUUUGGCGGCUACAAGCAAAUGAUGAUCAACAACAGCUCCCGACUCGACUCGUGCAUGCAGCGACUCUAUGAAAUUUCUCUCAACAGCGAGGGCUGUUCGUGUAAGUCGUGCAGCGAGGAUUUUGGAGCUGGGUGCAUCAGUGGUAUUGCGGAGCUCACGGGGCUGCCCUUCGUGUCCGCACCCAAUGUGUUUGAGGCGGUCAGUGCCCGCGACUCUCUGGUGGAGCUGCACGGCGAGCUGAACAGCACUGUGGUCAGUCUGAUGAAGAUUGUCAGUGAUGUACGACUCAUGGCCUCCGGGCCACGGUGUGGCUUCGGCGAGCUCGUGUUGCCGGAGGAUGCGCCAGGCAGCUCCCUGAUGCCGGACAAUGUGAGCACGAGGCAGUGCGAGGUGCUGACCAUGAUUUGUGCCCAGGUGAUGGGCAACCAGGUGGCCGUCUCCAUUGGUAGCUCCAAUGGCCACUUCGAGCUGAACGCCUUCAUGCCGCUGAUCGCCUCGAAUGUGCUACGCUCCAUCGGUCUACUGAGCGACGGCCUAAAUGAGUUCACCAACAGCUGCCUCAAGGGCAUCCGGGCGAAUGAGAAGAACAUUAAGAAGACCCUGAAUGAAUCUCUUAUAAUGGCAGUGCCUCUCCAGCCAUACAUCGGCCACGACAAGGCAAUCGAAAUUGCCAACCUGGCGUAUGCCAAUGGCACCACCGUCAAGUGGGAGGCCUACAAGAAAGGCCUCUCCAAUGCCGACCUAGACAACUGGUUGCACGUAGACAAGCUCUUAUCAUUUAGUUAUCAAUGAAAAGUGACAAAGGCAACUAAAUAGAUUAAAU